GAGCGGCUCGCCGCGAUGUCUGGGCGCGGGAAGCAGGGCGGGAAGGCGCGGGCCAAGGCCAAGUCGCGCUCGUCGCGGGCCGGGCUGCAGUUCCCCGUGGGCCGCGUGCACCGGCUGCUGCGCAAGGGCAACUACGCGGAGCGGGUGGGCGCCGGCGCCCCGGUGUACCUGGCGGCCGUGCUGGAGUACCUGACGGCCGAGAUCCUGGAGCUGGCGGGCAACGCGGCCCGCGACAACAAGAAGACGCGCAUCAUCCCCCGCCACCUGCAGCUGGCCAUCCGCAACGACGAGGAGCUCAACAAGCUGCUGGGCAAGGUCACCAUCGCGCAGGGCGGGGUGCUGCCCAACAUCCAGGCCGUGCUGCUGCCCAAGAAGACCGACAGCCACAAGGCCAAGGCCAAGUGAAUGCAACGGAAAGGCUGCACGUUGUCACAUCUGGAGACAAUAAUCCAAAGGCUCUUUUCAGAGCCACCCACAAAAUCAUAAAAGAGCUCAGUAAUCCGUAAUACAGUUACGCAGUUGCAUGAACUA